CGAAGAAGUGGAAAGGGCCAUUGUGGAAGGAAUGAAAUCAUGUUCACAGCGUUCGGAGCUCUGCCUAGUGAGAGUAGUCGAUGCUAGAAAGUCCAACAGUUCCAGUAUGAACGAGCUGAGGAGAGCAUUCAUACACUUGGUGCACAAAGUACUGGCGAAGUCUCCAAAGCAACCUCGCUUGCUGCAGAAAGCUCGUGACUACUUGGAUGAGGUCAAGGCCUCUCUAAGCAAUCCAUACUGCACAAGGAAAGAAUUUGUUGCGGCAUUCCAGAAGGUCAUUUCCCAGAAGGCUGCUUCCGGAAGACAAAAAUCUGUUGGAGCGCGUGUUGCAGAGAACAUCAGUAGCUAUCUUCGGAUUCUGACAGCUUACGGAUAUAUCAUCACAUUCCCAGAGCUGGAUGAUCUGGUGGUUCAUAGGCCUCGCUGGCUCCUGCAAGAUGUCAUCGGAUUCAUUUACUCUUCGCACGUUUUCCCAUCCAAAUCUAAAGGCGCGGGUAGAGUAUUCAAGAUCAGCGAGGACGACUUCAUCCGUGCCCUGACUGCCUUUCCUGCAGUGGGUGAAAAAGCUCCACUCUGCGUGCACAUGGUCUUGCAGCUCGGCUUGACCAUUCGCCAUGAGAAAGAUCUCCUUGCACUCUCCCUGUUUCCUGAGUGCACACAGCCAUUGAAGAUGCACACAGCCUUCAUGGUUGGCUCUGUCCACACCUGCAAUGGUUGCGCACCGUUUUCCUCUGCACUCAUUGUGCAAUGCCAAGCACGUGUCUACGACUACUCCGCCUGCUUUUUCUCCAGCACUGAUCCCAUGUUCUUCAAGAACACCAUCAUUGUCCACCCGUAUCCGCACACAACAGCGCUGAUUGUGUUUUCGUCCGACCGUCAGCGCUGUUGUAUUGCAGUGACGUCCAGUUGCAGUAGGUACCUGCAAGUCGUUCACCACGUCCACUGGUUAUUUCAAGCUCUCUUCCUUGACCUACUUCAGAGAUACAGUCGUGGUACUUCGGUAGAGCCCACAGUUCUCAGCCUGAGCAGCAUGCGUCAGCUUAUCCAGCAAUCCGCUUCACCAGCUGCCAUCUGUUCAGCAGUUGCUUCCCACUCGUCCGAAGACGUCGUCCUUGCCGCGAGCAGUAUGCAAAGCAAAGAUGUCAAGGACGCCAGCGGUGUGUUCGUUGACUCGGUGCAGGAUCUUCAUCACGUUCCUGCCACGCACAUCACUAUGCUUCCUGCCACAUGUACUGAUCGCCUGGAGAGUCUGCGAGAUUC